GAAGAACUUGGAACACUUAGCGUCGCAAAGGCUACAAAGAAGACAGGAAGAAAAUGGGAAAACUGCAGCAGUUAUUAACAAAGAACAAAUUAGAAAGUAAAAGGAUACAGUAAAAAUAAUCAAAAGCUGACCAGACGCAAAGUGAGGAAACCACAAAAGGGGGAGCCGUUGCAAAGGUAUUGCAUUUGCCAUUUGGUCCCAAUCCGAUCCGAGAUCAAGAUAAAGAUUAUUCAUGCUGUGAAAGGACAUCCUUCAGACAGCAGGAUGUCGGAGGCAUGGCAGGAGAGGUGGAGCGAACUUGUGUCAAGGCUACUCAGAGUUCAAGUGGCCCCUGCAGCAGGUAGCGAGGAGGAAGCUAGCUUGAUCACCACUCUGACAGGGCUAAGCCAGUGCUGCUCCAAACCAAGGCUGUUACAGGACCACCAGCAAAUUCAAGACAUCGUGGAGAAAUGUGUGAGUCACAUCAUAGACCCUCGUGGUAUUUUAGUCAGACACUUAGCCCUCUUGCUGGCUUCCUUGCUGCGUUGCCACAGCCUUCACUUACCAGGCUCCACUUUAGUCCGGCUGGUGGCCUGGUUAGGAGAGGCUUUCAGGUAUCAAAGAGGCCAACCAGAUACUGUGUAUCAGCUACUGCGUGCCUUAGCUGCCACUCUGAGAAAUACUCCCAAUCCUGCUCAGGAGGUGUACCUGGCACUGGCUGGCAGUCAUGGAUGCUUGACCAAGACCUUGGAAUCCAGCUCUGCAUGGCUUAACAAGGCUUUAGCCAUGCAAUGCCUCCAUCUGCUGACCUAUGUGGGACCAGAGGUGGUGACAGAAGCAAGGCAACGUGCAGAAGAGAUCUUUCCAGCUGAAGUGGUGUCAAGUAUACAGAGGAUUGUGAUCGCAGUGGUGCAGCAGGGCCCACCUAGCCCCACCCAUUGCUCUCAUCGUCUAUAUCUUCACCUGAUUGCUUCAGGUCUGAGUGUGCUCUAUAAUCUGGUGGUCUGUGCCCCUGGACAGGUGCUCGGAAACAUCAUUGUCACUGCCUGUCGUCCGUUUGCUUUCUAUGGGUUGCCAGGGUAUUCUCAUGGGGACUUAGUGGACCACUGCCCCACUCCAUCUAUGGACUUUUCUCUCUCCCCUACACAAGACAGUGAUUCCUCCAGCAGGAACUACACCAACCGUAACCGCCGAAAGAGGCUAAGAAGAAAGCGAGCCCAACCCUCUCGCUCCACGUCGGACUGCAACAGGGGAGUGGUUGGGGCUGCUCUGGGUGGCAUGCCUGUUGGAGGGAUAAGUCUUGGGCUUCGUGGGGCACCUCCUGCUACUGCCCUGGCCAACAUCUCUCUCAAGCCUGAGUGGACUAAGGGCAGAAGUCAAGCAGAGGGGCAGAAGAACCAGAAUGUCUCCCCACUUCCCUCAAGCUCAGAAGGAGAGGAGGUCCAUGAGGUCAGCAGGUCAGCAGAACCUCAGAUCAGCGGCUCUGAGACUGAUUUUUCAGACUUUGAGGGCAGUGGAGAAAAGGAAACAGCACUGAUGGCUAGAGUGCGACAGUGUUCCCUCCAGGCCAUCAAUGCAGUCAUCGAUAAAGUUGGGAAGCAGCACAAGUUCAGCUUCUGGCCACCACUCAUGUGCCAGAACCCAUCCCUCAUGACCUGUGUGCUAAGGGACCCAUCACUUUCAGUUCGUAUGGCAGCACUUCAGGUUAUCAACACAUUUUUGCUGGAUUCCUGUAAGGUGCUCACCCUUGCUGUGGAGAGUGAAGGCAAGAGUUCAUACACCACACUGGGGCACCAGCUUGGAGUCAGCCUACGUGAGCUUCAUCGCUGUCUAGCUCUUGCCCUUCUCUCAGAGAAAUUUCCAAGUGCCCUAGUCCGAACACUAAAGACAAUUGAGCUUUUGGUAGAGAAUGUCAACUAUUCCAAGCUACAGCCAGGCCUCCUCAGCAAGUUGGUGACACAUGUCAAGUACUUCAUGCGUUAUAAGGAGGCUGUGGUACGGGCCAAUGCCUUCUCAGUGAUGGUGAGUGUGUUGAUGAUUAAGCCACAAGUAGAGGAGCUACAGGACCUGCUGCUUCGCUACCAGACACCAACUGCCACUGCACCUCCAGCUGUGUUGCCGCCACCCUCCAUGGAGGAGGAGGUGCCUGGUGAGGAGGAAGACGAAGAAGAAGAAAAUGAUGAAAACCUGAAGAAGGAAAUGGAAAACUUAAAUCUGCUGAGUGAAGGGGAAGAUGAGGCAAGCACUGGAGGAGAGAAGACCAUGGUGUCCUGGCUGGUGGGUCGAUGUGUGGAUUCUCUUCUAGCACUGGACCAUGAGGCUGUACAGGGCAUUUAUAUUCAGGUACAGCUACAGUCCUUGAAGGUGUUGAAUGCCCUAGUGAGUGAGCACCUGACUCUCAUCUUGCCCAGCCUGCCCCUCAUUCAGCGGGUCAUCACAGUGUGUAGUGAAGCUGUUCAAGAGUCUGUGCCAUCAUCGUCAAAAACACAUCAUCCCACCUACACUCUGUCCAACACCAGAGACCAUCAGCCAAGAAGAAUUGGUGAUGUUGGGGAUGGAGGAGAUGCAAGUCUAACAUCUCCAGAUCCUGGUGUAGUGGUGGAACACACAUACAUCCUGCUGGGCUGCUUGCUGGGGGCAGUGAAGACAGACUUGGAUGGAAAGACUGAGUCCUGCCUCAGCCUGAUUCAGGCACAGCAACUCUGGCUCUGGGCACUUCAGGGUCCUCUCCAGGUUCUUCUCACCCAAGCUGCCUCUAGAUACAAGGGCAGCACAACUAAAGCCUCUUCUACACAAGGACAAAGUGAAAGAUGUGAUGAAGGCAGCUGGAGGGACCAGAAAGUGGUGAGCAAUGCUGACAGCACAGAGGGUUCCUUGAAACAAGUGGUAGCAAUGGCAACAGUUCUUUCUCAUUUCAGCCCAGAGGUGUUUGAGAGCCUUGGUGAAGUGUGGGCAGGGCGUGUCACUUCCACUGUCCACUGGUUGGUGACUCACCCUGACCCAGAGCUACGGUUGGCCGGGGUGAGAGCCAUGGCCAUCAUGGUGGGUUUUUCUGGAGUGGUGGCCAACCCAGGCAGUCUGACUCUUCUGCACGCCACUGUAGAGGCUGCUUGUGAUCUCUUGGCUCAGCGUGAUGCCAAUGUCAACAGAGACCGCCUCUUGGCCUCCUGGGCACUGGCCAAUGUUUCUUCUGUCUUUGAGUUGUACAAAGAGAAUUGGGAGGAGAGCGAGCAUUCUGGCUCCAAAGAGGUACUGUCCCAGGAGAUGCUGAUGCGUGUAUUGGAUGUGGGUCUCAGAGCGUGCCAAGACAAGGACAAGAUCCGACCUCAUGGUGUGCGCUGCAUUGGGAAUGUUGCCAGCUUCCUGCAGCCCCAGCAGGUGGCUGAUCCUUCACUCGUCCCACUGGUAACUCAGGCAGUGGACACCCUCGUCACCUGUGCCAGCUCUGGCAGUAACAUGAAGACUCGUUGGAAUGCCUGUCAUGCUCUUGGCAAUAUUAUGUCAAGUGGUCGCCUCCCUAUAGCCACUGCUUCUUGGAGGGGCCAGGUGUUCACGACUUUGGGCUGCCUUGUGGAGAGCUUCAAGAACUACAAAGUGCGAAUCCAAGCAUGCAGUGCGCUGUGUGGUGUGACGGGACGGCAGGAGUACGGAACUGAAUACCUUGGGGUGUGGCGAGCACUCCUACAUGGUCUUGACAAUGCACAGAACAUUGUGGACUACCAGGAAAUAAGACACAGGGAUGAACUGAUCAACCAAAUUUGCCAGGGUAUCUGUCAGCUAUGUGCUCAUCUUACCCUUGCUGAUGCAGGGGCUCUCUAUGAGCUCCUGCAGGUACACCAGGAUGUGGCAGGGCCUCUCAUGCAGAAGGCCUACUUGUCGCUGCCUCCUGAGAGGUCUGGACAUGUGCUUCAGGCUCAGCACCGCGUGGAGGAGCUGAUGGGAUGUGAUGCUCUGACAGAAGCUCAGCAGCAGGCACUCCUCAUCCUUGAAAAUCUCACUUCUAUCUCCACAAAUAGCUGAGAUAGAUGUAUUUUGUUAACUCAAAUUAAGAAUUCAAAGCCUCUAAAGCACAAAAAUGUGUUCUGAUUGUCAAAGUGAAAGUUUGUCAUAAUGACUCCCAGAGAUCAAGAGUAUGUCCAGGUGAUCAUCCUCAAAAUACAAGAGUGUCACCUGAGUGUGAAGGUGUCCCAUGCUUUUGAUAAGGCAUGUAUUGAGCUUCUACCAGUUGUUAUUGUAAGAGAGGUAGUAUGGACCAGGAGAGUUUUUUUCAAGGAGGGAGAUGUUUUGCAUGUGUGUAAUAAUAAUAAUAAUAAUAAUAAUAAUAUAUGGUUUAUUAGUUUGGCAGUGCAACAAAAAAUUUACACUGAAAAUAUACAGGUGGGGGGGGGACAUUAAAACAAUGAAAUGCUU